CAGCCGCCAGUCCGGAGAGACACAGAGGAGAGGAGAAGGGAGUGGGGAGAAGGAGAGUAAAGGAGAGGGAGGAUGGAGCGGCCGCAGCGCAGUCCACCUUUCUGGGUUUCUCGGCCUUACUAAAGGAUUACUGUUUUUUUCCUUCCCAGGCCGGUUCUCAGCGUUUGCCUUGUGGAAGGCUCAUCUGUAUGCGCUCUUUGACGUUAGUCGCCGGGCCCCUGGCACAAAAUGAAUGCACCAUAAAGCCGCAUUGACUCGGGUGGUCCGGAUUUACCAGCAUGAACUCGUUACUGUUUGCGGACACGGCUUCCGGGGUGCCGGUCAGCGGCCCCGGUGCUGGGGGAGCCUCAGUGGCACCCGGCGCCUUGCGGAACGAUUUGGGUUCCAACAUCCACGUCUUGAAGACUCUCAACCUGCGUUUCCGUUGUUUCCUCGCCAAGGUCCAUGAGCUGGAGAGGCGAAAUCGUCUGUUGGAGAAACAGCUGCAGCAAGCCCUACUGGAGCCGCCGCGAUGCCCGAUGCCCAACACCCGGGAGGAGGCAGUGCAGACCGACCUGGAGCCCUCGCGCACAUCCCGCCUGCCCGGUACGAUCUGGAGCUUCACGCACGUGCGUCGUCAGGGGGAGCGCUUCGAAACGCUGCAGGGACCCGGGGUGAGCUGGACGCACCCGGAUGGGGUCGGGGUACAGAUCGACACCAUCACCCCCGAGGUCCGAGCAGUAUACAAUGUACUGGCCAAAGUGAAGAGGGAGCGAGACGACUACAGGAGAAGAUGGGAAGAAGAAGUCGCCCGGAGUGAGCAGAUGAAUGUCUUGGUGCAGACUCUUCAGGAGAAUGCCCAGGAAUCAGAGGUCAUCCAGGAUGAGCUGAGUGAGAAAGUAGAGCGACUAAAGGCUGAGCUUGUCGUCUUCAAAAGCCUCAUGUCAGACCAAAUAACCGACCUUGACACCAAAAUCCAGGAGAAAGCCAUGAAGGUGGACAUGGACAUCUGUAGACGCAUUGACAUCACAGCAAAGCUGUGCGAUGUGGCCCAGCAGCGCAACUCUGAGGACAUGUCCAAAAUGUUCCAGAUGACCUCAGCCCCUAAGAAAAGGGAUCGUAAGCCAGUAUCCGAUGAGGACAGCUCAGAGAUGGAUGGUGAGACGACAUGCAACUCUGAGGAUGACCUUCCAGGAUCACUGAAUAUAACAGACGAGAUGAAGCGCAUGCUAAACCAGCUAACUCGUUCAGAUUCUUCCUUUGUUGCCAGGAGAGAGACAUUUGAUUUUGACGAUGACUGUGACAGUCUGACGUGGGAGGAGAAUGAGGAGACGCUGCUGCUCUGGGAAGAUUUCACCAAUUACAACACGGUGGCUGCCAUUACAGGAGGAGCCACUUGCGAUGUUCAGGCAGAGAAUUCACAAGAUGAAAAUUUGGGAAAUCUAAUUGAUGAAACGGAAUCACUCUUUAAAACGAGGGAGCAGGAAUACCAGGAGACAAUUGACCAAAUUGAGAUGGAGCUUGCCAAUGCCAAAAGUGACAUGAACCGUCAUCUCCACGAAUAUAUGGAGAUGUGUAGCAUGAAGCGAGGGCUAGAUGUGCAGAUGGAAACAUGCCGACGGCUUAUCAAGCGCUCAGGUGGCAGGAAUUCACCAUCCUUCAGUUCAGUAGCAAGCAGCGACUCGGGAAACACAGAUGAAAUUCCUGAUGAACUGGAGCGGGAUGUAGAGGUGGACAGUUCUGUCAGCUGAUAACUGGUGGAGAGAGCUACAAAAGAGGCCUUUAAAGACAAGUGGGGAGGGCCGGGUUGCCCAAAAAGUGAAGAGGCAACUGUCUUAACCACUUUGCUGGGAUUAAAAUUUGUUAACCCCUGUCCUGCCCCACAGGAUUGGUGCUGUACGUUACAAUUUUUUUUAACUCGAGAACUAAUUUCGCUUAAUGAAUUUCAGUAAAAAAAAAAAUGAAAAUGAAAAUGUGCUUUUUGCUAGAUGGUUUCCCUGAGCUCUGUGUGUCUGGCGCUUGACCCUUUGGCUGCCAUCUGAAGCAGAGGCCAUUAGCAGAACGAGACAUUGAGUGGCCAGAUAACGCAGUGCAUACACCAAGCUUGUAGAUGGGUGACGAUCUAAAAUGUGUGCGAUUCUACUGUUUGAUUUGAGAUGGACACAUGCUCUUGGUCUGGUUGGCAAAGCAUGAGGAUGUUCUUUGGAAUGCUUACUACUGGGGUGUGACUGCUUUAGGAAUUGCCCAGUUGUCAGUGUGGUACAUCACUGCCACAGGGCUCAGGCUGUCACUGCAGUGGUGACACGACUGCAUUGUUUCAUGUUACUAUGCAAUAAGUUCGCCUUAUCUGUGGAAAAUCUCUUUCCCUUGGGGGAGAGGGAGUGGGGCUUCCUUUUUUAUUAUAAAUGUUAUUAAAAAGUAUACUGUAUGUAUACUACUACUGACUGGCAAGAGCCAAAGUGAAACCCACUGAACGGUAUGUGUGGUUGAUAGAUACGACCAUUUGCUAUAAAGGCUUAAGUAAGAAAAAGGCGUUUUGCAAAUUGUGAAGCGAGAAUCGGGUUCCACCUAUGUGAGUUUUCUGGUAAACAGCAGUAACCUUGUUCAUUGCUCUCAGGGCCUGACUUGCACACACCCCGUCAUAGUGAUAACAACAAUGAAGUCCUCCACCUUGCCUUUGGAAGCCAUGUCAAAAAAGUCUUUUUUUUUUAAAAAUGUGACACUGGAGGCCAAAUGGUUUUUCUCCCUCUCAACUGUGUACCCAUUGUUGUGGAUUUUUUCAUUCCAAGCUCCACGAUCUCCAUGUUGGGUAGAUCUGGGGACACAUGCAGUAUGUCCUUUUACAGAGGAACACCAGACUGCACACUGUGAGUUUGUUUCCACUGCAGUUUUAGCUUUGUCAACAAAAUAUUUCAUUCUGACUCUGGCCACUGCAAAUGGCUUAUAAGCAUUUCUGAGAACAUAAGCAAUAUAGACUAGAGGCGGCAGUUGUGUCAACACGGGCAUACUCGGCAUUGGCUUGGUAUGCCCCUGCUAGUUUUAGCGUGGCUGUCACAAGAAUGUUACAGCAUUCUCAUUUAACCUAUCAUUUCAUCAGCCGAGAUGUACUGGUGUAUACCGCUGCUUCAGUGCAUCCUCUGAAAACAUGACCACCAGCUCCCGAAAGGGGUCCCAGCAGAGUCUGGAGAGGCCAACAGCUUUCCUUACUCUAAAGCAUUUCCAUUGUCCCAGCAUCUUUGUGUUUUCUUUCAUUUCUUUUUUUUUUCGAUCAGAGUGAAAGCUAAACUCCUGAUCAUGGGUAGUGCCAGUAUGCCCCAAAGUGCUGAAAUGCAGUCGAGGAGAUUCAAGGAAAAAAAAAACACUCUGUUGAGCAGAGGAACCCCCUGACACUCUUGUGAUUGCAGCUGGUUACUGAGCCUCUCCGUCCUACUCAGCACAACUGCUGCGACCGGCUCUGUGAUGCCCUUUCAGGCCACCUCUCCCCCUCCCAUGGUCAACGUUUUAGUCCAUUCUUGUUUCUGUAUUCAGGUUUCAUUUGUGCAUGUGAUGACAAUAAUGGUGUAAGGCGUGAGAACUGUGUUAGUUUGUGUGUGUGUGUGUGUUUUCUUUUUUGUUUUGUUUGAAAUGCAGUUCAGUGUUCUGUGCAACUCCUAAGGAUGACCUCUUUGGUCGCUAACCACGUGACUAUGUUUGGCCUGGCCUGACCCCACUUAUUGUGUCCUUCUACAAACUGUUUUAAAAGUCCAGAUGUUUGCCCCACUGCUACAUUAUAAACUAUACUUCAAAGUUUACAAAUUAAAGACGGGGUAGUAGCUCUGGCGAGUGACUAUCACAUCCUAGUUUGUAAUGUUCUCACCUACUUUCCUAUAAGUACAAGCCAAAAAAAUAUAAAUAUGAGGUUGGGGUUGUGGUUGGGCAGGGGGCUUUUAUAAUAAAGGGGAUGCUCAGGGUUUCAAUAUGGUCUGCUUUUUUUUUCUCCAGUUAAUCAGUUAGUAUUCAUUAGUAGUAGGUAGACCUGGAAGGGUUAAUAUUAUUAUUAUUUUUUUUUUUUUGUUAAUAUAUAUUUUUUUUAGUUUGCUUGGGAGAACAGUGCACUUGCGGAUAUGAAUACUCUCCUGUUUCUACAAGGGGAAGAUUUAUUUAUAAUAAAAGUGAAUUUAAAAGUAAAAA